UUCCCUAAAAGCGUCGCAUUCGCAUACUCCAAAUUCGCUAAAUGCCAAUCAAACAGCAUCCUCUCCAUAAAAGAAAAGUCGAUAUCAACCCAUGCUGCAAGUAGUAAUGACUCUCUUCCCAGCGAUGCGGAGUAUGAAAAGAGUCUUAAGAAGGCAUGGAUAGGUGAACAAACUGCCUCGGAGAAUGGUAUAUCUCGUCCGCCUAGCAGAGCUCCUUCAGCAAAUGGAACUCAGAGUUAUGAUUAUAAGCUGUUGGAUUCAGAAAGUGGGCCAACCAAUAAGGAACAUACAAUAGAGCUUGAGUGGCAAAGUGGUGCAAGGCUGCUGCUUCCACUGGGGAUUAAUGACUUCGUACUGCCAGUAUAUGAUGACGAGCCUACUAGCAUCAUAGCGUAUGCCCUUACCUCAUCAGAGUAUAAUGCUCAGAUGUCUGGAUCAGAUAAGGCAAGAGAUCGCUUGGAUAGUGGAGGUUCCUUUUCCCUUUUUGAUUCUGUGAACCUUCUCUCGUUGAACUCUUUGAGCGAUUUGUCAGUUGACAUGAAUAGAAGCCUUAGCUCUGCUGAUGAACAAGUUUCGCAGCUGCUACAGUCAUCCUUGUAUCUGAAAGAUCUGCAUGCUAGAGUCUCGUUUACAGAUGAAAGUCCUCCUGGGAAAGUGAAGUACUCUGUGACGUGUUACUAUGCGAAGGAGUUUGAGGCCCUGAGGAAGAUUUGCUGUCCUUCAGAAACCGAUUUCAUAAGAUCUCUUGGUCGAUGUAGAAAAUGGGGAGCUCAAGGUGGAAAGAGCAAUGUCUUCUUUGCAAAAACCUUGGAUGACCGUUUUAUUAUCAAACAAGUUACAAAGACCAAGCUUGAGUCCUUCAUCAAAUUUGCUCCAGCUUACUUCAAAUACUUGACUGAAUCCAUCUGUACUAAAAGCCCUACGAGCCUUGCAAAGAUCUUGGGAAUCUAUCAGGUCUCAUCCAAACACUUGAGGGAAAGAGUUCAAAAUGGAUGUCUUGGUGAUGGAGAAUCUUCUCUUCAAGCGUAACUUCGCUAGGCUUUAUGACCUAAAAGGCUCCACGCGUGCCCGUUACAAUCCCGAUACAUCUGGUAGCAACACAGUUUUGCUGGACCAGAAUCUGGUGGAAGCAAUGCCCACAUCUCCAAUAUUUGUUGGGAGCAAGGCAAAACGGCUUCUUGAAAGAGCCGUCUGGAAUGAUACAUCGUUUCUUGCUGUAAUUUUUUCCUGUUGCUUCCCUUCCAUAAAUUGUUUUGAAUUGUUUUUGGGAUGUACAUGUUACUGAUGGAAGAUGUGUUGUUUUUUGUUUCGUUGGUUGAAGUCGAUUCACGUAAUGGAUUACUCCUUACUAAUCGGGGUAGAUGAGGAACGAAGCGAACUUGUUCUAGGAACUAUCGACUUCAUGAGGCAAACAUCUGGAGACUUGGGUCAAAACUUCAGGGCUGCUUGGAGGACCCAAGAACUCAACUCCCACAGUGAUAUCACCGCAGCAAUACAAGAAACGUUUCAGGAAAGCAAUGACAGCUUAUUUUCUCAUGGUUCCGGACCAAUGGUCACCUGCCGCGGUUGUGCCAAGCAACAGUUCUUCAGCAGCAGAUGUGAAGGAUGAAGAAGAGAGAGACGAUCGUCAAGGUGUUGGUAAAAACUCCUGAAUCAUCAUCUUCUGCAGUUAGCAAAUAUAGCAAGACAUUACACAAUAUUGGGUUUAGUAAUGGCUUCUUCUCGGUUCAAGUUUUUUUUUUUUUUUUUAAUCUUUUGG